AUGAUCAAGGCAAUCCUCAUCUUUAACAACCAUGGGAAGCCGCGGCUCUCCAAGUUCUACCAGCCCUACAAUCUAAUUCAAUUAUUUGUGGAAACAUUAGACAAGUGUUUUGAAAACGUCUGUGAACUGGAUUUAAUUUUCCAUGUAGACAAUGUUCACAAUAUCUUUGCAGAAAUGGUGAUGGGGAGAAUGGUAUUGGAGACGAACAUGAAUGAGAUUGUUACACACAUUGAUGCACAAACUAAACUGGAGAAAUUUGUGGCUGGCUUAGCAGGAGCUCCAGCCCGUGCUGUAUCAGCUGUAAAGAAUACGAAUCUUCCUGAGAUUCCAAGAAAUAUUAACAUUGGUGACAUCAGCAUAAAAGUGCCAAACCUUCUCUCUUUUAAAUAA